AUUUCCACUUCCUUCGUCCAAAAAAAAAAAAAAAAAAUCCCCCGAAAAUGCGAAGCUCUAGAUUCUCGAUGUUCCUCGCGAUUUGCGCAAUCCUGGCCGUCCACGUGGCGGUUACAACUUCUUCUCCGACGUUUGAUUUCGCCGGCGACCAUUUCCUCCAGAUCAAAUCGGAAUGCAGCGGAUCCAUCGCUGAGUGCCUGAUGCAAGGCGGGGAGGACUCGUCGGACUUCGAUGCCGAGUUCGCCGUGGGAUCCGAGAUCAGCAGGCGCAUUUUAGCGGCGAGACGGUACAUCAGCUACGGUGCACUGAGGAGAAACACUGUGCCGUGCUCGCGACGCGGCGCAUCUUAUUACAACUGCCGACCUGGAGCUCAGGCGAAUCCCUACUCACGCGGAUGCAGUAGAAUUACACGCUGUCGGCGGUAGAUUUAUUUUUACAAGUCUUUUUAAAUAAUAAAAAUAAUAUUGUUUCAUUUAUAAUUAUGUCUGUUGUUGUUGUCAUGUUGAUUGGAUGGAUUGUUGUUUAUAAAAUUAUUAUUAUUUUUUUACCAA